UAAAGUGUUAUGUUUCAGAUAAAUAAUUUGCUAACUUCCAGACAAUGGGAUUCCUAAGUUGCUGCUGUGAAUGCUUCACAGACGGCCAUAUUGAUCGGGCUACAUUCAAAAGGGCGACAAAACGAUCCUGCACAGAUGUCCUGUUCUUGAUUCUACUCGUUCUUUUUAUGGCUGGCACGGUAGUUAUCGGCCUGAUUUCACAUAAACAAGGCGAUUGGAGACGCCUGGUGUAUGGUUUUGAUGAUUACGGAAAUAUAUGCGGUGUGGAAAAUGAGAAAAUAGCCGGUGCCCCACUUUCCGGACAAGAUAUGACGAAACGACCGAGCGUGUUCUUCAUGCUCUUCAAAAACGAAUUUACCGGCUAUGAUUUGGGCUACACUGCACGGUGUGUAGAGGAGUGUCCUGAUGAGGAUCUGACGGUUGUGGAUAAUAUAGAUGAGAUGGUGGAGAAGAGUGACUUGUAUUGUCAGUACAACCUCACAGUUGACGACGACGCGGAAUAUAUGAAACAAAUGGAUCUACAUAGGUGUCCUGGUUUAAUCUACAAAAGUCAUACCAUUCUUCGCCGAUGCAUUCCAGACGUAAAGGAUGCGCUCUCAGUGGUGGUAACGCAUUUUGAGAAGAUGACUUGGCUUGAAUACGCUUUUGCAGACGUUGUGAACUCCUGGAAGCAGAUUACUGGCAUGUGUUUGUUGUCAAUUGUGAUCGCUGCUCUGAUGACACUGUUCGUGCGGUUCCUGGCGAGAUUCCUGAUCUACGUGUCCACAGUGCUGUUCAUUGUGGGCGCUAUUCUGUCGAUUGCGGCUGUGUGGUAUGUGUUUGUGAUGGAGUACAAGAAGUUGCAGGCGAUUCCGGAGGACGACAGACUGAGCAGCAUGGAGAACCAAGUGGACUACUUCCUCUAUCUCGCAAUCGCAGUCUCUAUUGUCAUGGCGAUCGUUCUUCUUAUCUUGGUGGUGAUGUUCCCUCGGAUGAAGGUGGUGGUGAAGUUGUUCGAGGAGGCAUCCAGGGUAGUGCAGGCCAUACCCUUCAUCCUCUUCACCCCCGUGCUCACCUUCAUAGUUCUCUCCCUCUUCUUUGCCUACUGGCUGUUCGUCACUGUGUUCGUCGCCACUGCAGAGAAGACAACGAUUGAGGCGCACCUGUUUGUGCGGUAUGAGCCGGCGGAGGCGUAUGUGAGAUACUUCUGGUGGUACAUGCUCGUCGCCCUCAUCUGGGGCAUGGAGUUCAUCCUCGCUGCUCACCAGUUCGUCAUUGCAUUCGCUACUGCUAAGUGGUACAACUUCGAGGACAAGAGCAAUCUGUCGUGUCCUAUCAUCAAGGGCAUCGUGUGUCUGAUGAAGAACCACAUGGGCUCUAUUGCAUUGGGCUCCUUCAUCAUCACCCUCGUCAAGAUACCCAGAAUGAUCCUCAUGUACAUCGACAAGAAACUCAAGGGGACAGAGAAUGCGGCGGCCAAGGCGGUUCUGAAGUGCAUGCAGUGUUUUCUCUGGUGUCUGGAGAAGGUGCUCAAGUUCCUGAACAAGAACGCCUACAUCGUCAUCGCCCUCACCGGGAAGUCAUUCUGCCCUUCCGCACAACAGGCCAUGGUGAUUCUGGUUAGCAAUGCGUUGCGGGUGGCUGCCCUGAAUACUAUCGGCACCUUCGUCAUCUUCCUGUGCAAGGCAGGAGUGUCUGCCAUCGUGGCCGCCAUAGGACUCAUCUGGUUCAAGAAUAGCGAAGCUAUUUGCUCGUUCGCCCAAUCCAACGCACCCUCCACCACCGGCUUUUUCUGUGAAGACGAGGAGCUCAACUACUACUUCGUGCCUGCAGUUUGUGCAGCCAUCUUCGCAUACUUUGCCGCAUCCUGUUUCUUCGGAGUUUUCGACCUUGUUCUGGACACUCUGUUGGUGUGUGUGAGUGAGGAUUCUCAUGAGAAUGACGCAGUGGAUGCUCCUCACGAGUGCAAGACACUCAAGGCCAAGCCGGAGUUCAUGCGGGACCUGAAAGACGCCGGAGACCAAUACGACACAGUGAAGAGCAGAAAGAAGAAAGAACCGAAGAGCUACAAUGUGGAACUGCAGGGAGAGGGCGAGAAACAGGGUGGCGGAGGAGGAGGGGCGGAAAAUGCAGAUGAAAACGUUUAACGGGAGUAACUGUUGAACAAAAACUGGAGUUUGCAUGUCAGGAUUGGUCAUCGCUCAAAUGAUGCUUGAAACAUUAUACAGAAGUCAGAGUGAAACUGAUUGAAAACUGUUUUCUAUCAUAAACAACUUUACCUCUAAACUUUGUACUGUUAGUGAAAUCAUCUAAAUUUUAUACCGAGUGUUGUAUGUAUUGGUCCGAUCUAAUCUGGUCAAAGAUAUCGUCACAUCAAAUCAUCUGCUGCCUUCCUCAGAGGUUCCAAACUCCCCUCCUGAUGUUUGCUUAAAGUCCAAUAUGUUGCUUUUGCAUCCCAAUUAUUUUGAUAUUCAUUAACCAUAGGCAUUAUAGUACUUGUCAUUUUGAAUGAAUUAUAUUUUCCCAGAUUCGAAAAGACUUGACAAUCUUAAAAAGAUCAAAUUGCAGAAAACUCAUUCUUUUGCCAACAAAGCUCAGCAUCAGCUCAGAAUUUACGGCAUGAACUGUUCUACGGCAUGAAUUUUUCUGCAAGUUAUGAAAGAAACAAUUUUUAUUUUGCUUUGCAAUUGAGCUGAAAGUAUUUUAUCUAUUUUCCAUGCACAAAUUAAAAUCUAUCAAAUAGUUAUCAAUCUAAACUGCCCGGGCAUGCCCUAAUCUAUAUGGCGUUUUUCGUUUGUAGUACAAUUGAAAAUUGAUUUUUGAGAAGGGAUUUGGCUGGGCUAACGUUUCAAGCCAGUGAAGUUCAUUUUUAGCAAUAUUUGAAAUUUUCUUGAUGUUUUAAUGCUAGAUGAUUGUUUUUCUAUAAUAGUUAAUAUAGAUAGCAUUAUUGGGAUUGCCAAUAAGGGAGAUGUGAAUUUUUCUUGUGGAUUUUGCAAGUGCUUUUUGCGUGUACAUGUUUCAUGUUAACUUAGUUUAAUCAGAGUGUCCUUUAUCAAUGAAUUCAAAUUAUUAUCAAGCAAA